CUGAGACAAGGGGGGGGGGAUGCUGUUCUGUGCGCUGACUUCGGUUGCAUCCCUCAGUCGUGUGUAGCUGCAAGUCUGCUUCUGCUGCCGUGCUCGCUGCCUGGGCUUUAAACGAGGGCAAAAAAAAAAAAAGCUUCUGACGGAUAAGCUAAGCUAACCCAAAUCGGUGGUCCGGCCGCACCAUGAGGGUGGUCCUCCUGCUCUCUCUGCUGACGUUGGGCAGCAGCAAAUACUACCAACGCGUUAACGUCAUGGACGUGAUGAGAAACUACGACGUCAUGAUGGCCGAUUCCGACGACUACAACAACUUUGACGAUCACUACGCCAGCUGUCCCGUGGGCUGCCACUGCUCACCCAGAGUGGUGCAGUGCUCCGAUCAAGGCCUGAUCAACGUGCCGGCCAAGAUUCCCGGCGACAGCUCGAUGAUCGACCUCCAGAACAACGACAUCACCGAGAUCAAGGAAGACGACUUCAAAGGCCUGGACAAGCUUUACGGACUGUUCCUGAUCAACAACCGGAUCUCAAAGAUCCACCCGCGGGCCUUCAAGAACAUGAACCACCUGCGCCUGCUCUACCUUUCCUACAACCUGCUGACGGAGAUCCCGGCCAAUCUGCCGCCCAAUAUCAUCGAGCUGCGCUUCCACGAAAACAAGAUCAACAAGAUCCAGAGGGAUGCCUUCAAAGGCCUCAGGAAGCUGCACGUGCUCGAGCUGGGCGCCAACCCUCUGGCCAACGGCGGCAUCGAGCUGGGCGCCUUCAACGGCCUGGCCACGCUCUACGUGGGAAUGUCCGAGAGCAGGCUGACGGCCGUGCCCAAAGACUUGCCCUCCUCCAUCACAGAGCUCAACCUGGAGUACAACAAGAUCUUUAAGGUGGAAGUGGAAGACUUCAUCAGAUAUAAAAAUCUCCAGAGACUGAGCCUGAGCUUCAACCAAAUCCGCUUCGUGGAGAACGGCAGUCUGGCCAAGAUCCCCAACAUCCGCGAGAUCCACCUGGACAACAACAAUCUGAAGAAGGUCCCGGUCGGACUCAGCUCCUUGCGCUACCUCCAGGUGAUUUUCCUCCACGCCAACAAAAUCACCAGCGUGGGCGUCAACGACUUCUGCCCCAUCAGAUUCGGCGAGAAAAAGAACUUGUACAGCGGCAUCAGCCUGUUCGCCAACCCCGUCAAGUACUGGGACGUCCACCCCGCCACCUUCAGAUGCGUGGGCGGACGACGGGGCAUUCAGCUCGGAAACUUCCGGAAGUGACGGCCACGCGUCGGCCGGACAGCUAGGGACCGUCCGUCAAACAGGGGAGAACCGGAAAUGAUCGCAACUUCAAUAAAAGUCUCAUAAUCAGAGAUGACACCAAUGUGAAAAAUUUCACAUCACGAUAAAACGUGAGCAAAAUUAUAAGCAGUAAUUAUCACUAUUAUCACAAUAUUGCUAAAAAAAAAAAAAAAAAAAGAUCAUCAAAUCACACAUACAAGCACCAAAAGCAUUCCGAAAGAAACCGCAUGUAGUUUUUCCACAUUAGAAAUUCGAAACAGCCAAGCAAAAAAGUUUCAUGCAUGCAAACCCCACAAAUAAAAAAAGAAGAAAAAAAAAAACUUGCCCUGGAGUACAGGAAUCCCCCGCAUAUUCGUGGUUCACUCAGCUAAAUUCAGCUAUCCGUGUUUUUGUUUUUUGCGCUCGUUCUGAAACACCCUAAGAAGCGCAAGAUGCCCCUGAAGCCCUGUUGGAAUAGGAAUCGGUGUCAAGGAAGUAUAGUGCGCCUUGACUGACAAGUUUUUGUCUUUGCAUGUCAGGGAGGAGCUGUACGUAGACCGUUAGUGGAAGUUACGGAGAGUCGUCGCCUAAUGUCACGCACGCGAGCGCUUACGGUGCAUUUUCUCAAAAUCCAAUCUGGAAGCCAUUUCUUUGAAGGUUAAUGUAAGGAGAAAGGAGAGUUGAAUUGUUUUGGAUCAAAGAUUGUGGCUAUUGACAUAGGCAAUCGGAAACAUUUUUGGUGUACAUUUUGUUGCUUCUUUUUUUUUUCUUCUUUACUUUUUCACGGAAGGCUCCGUUCCCUAUCCCCCGCAAAAAGUGGUGGAUUACCAUGCCGUUUUGGGUGGUGACAAAAGAUUUGACACGUUUUCCGCCCGUCACGGCGACUUUUUUUUUUUUUUUCCUGCAUUCUCAGCCGACAUGUUCAUCUUCAUCUUUAAUUAAUUUCCCAACUGCAGCCUCGGAAAAAGCUAAUCCACACUUCUGCCCUCGUCCUUUUUUUGUUUUUUUUAGGUGAAGAAAUCAAAUUUUUUUUUGCAGCACCGUUAUGGUCUUCUUCUGUGGUUUAUAUCUUGGUUUUCCUUUUUGUUGGCUGUUGCAAUGUGUGUGCAGUCCCCCGAAGGGAGAAGCUGCAAGACCACUACGACUCUCAGAGACGUUAAAAUUACGGUAAUGACGAUAAUUCCAAAAAAUGAAAGGGUAAUGCUUGUCGGAAAUUUGACCGUGGUUUAUCAGUGCAGGGGGUUCUCAGUUUAGUUUCAUGUACUACUACGCUAAUGCAGUAGUAAUUACAGAAAAUAUUUGAAUGAAAAACACUUUUAGUCUAUAAAUAUAAAACAAUCAAAUGAAAUCUAGUAAGUAUGGCGGAAAGUGAGUGUGCCACUGAAGAAACUAGUUUGUGUGCGCUGUUCAUAAUCUGGAACCAUUGUAUAUCGGUACCAUCCUAGGUCUAGUUUGGCGCAAAUUCGAAAGACAACCACUGCUCGACAUAAACACGGCAGUGACGAUAACUGAAAAACGGAAUGGCUAAAUUCGGUCGAGGGGGUCAGUUCAUUGCUUUCUGUUCGUAACCUCAAAACGUCACAACAUCAGUACCGACGUAAACCGAGGAGCCGCUAUAAAGAUCCGUUUUGUGGGGUUAGCAACCAAAACUAGCAAAAAAAAAAAAAAAAAAAACUUGACGGAUUGCUUUAUACUAGUGAUAAGAUUGUAUGAUUACAAAUAUGUAACCUUCGUCGAGACGACAAACGGAAUUUUCCGUCUUUUAACCUUUUUUUUUUUGAAUGAAGUUUUUUUUUUUUUUUUUUUUUUUAAAUGUCAUUUGGGGGCAUUGUGAAGUUGAAAUCUUCCAUUUCGAACGAGCGUUCCUUCCAGCAAAGGUCUGUACUCACUGGAGGAUAUUGGCCACAUUCAGUGCAAUAAUAUGUGACUCCAAAGAUCAGAUCUUUUUAUUUUUUGUCUUGAAAUGUUUUAUACACAUGGAGUACUUUAACAGACACUGUCCUUCUCGUAAAAACAAAAAACGAAAGUGUCCUCAGCAGGGCUGUGGAUGAACAAAUUGUCCAAAAUGUCUCCAGGUUGAACUCACAUGCGGCUAGUGUCGUUGAUUGCAGGCAUGUAUGGUAAUAAAAAGCAUUGUUUUUCCCUCCAGUGUCCUCUCCUCCAAUGGUGCUAUAUUUAUUGAGUAUGUUUUCAAAUAAACCUGGAACACCUCCCCA